GGGGCAGUUGGAGGGGGCAUUUGGCGUGCAGGUGCAUGUCCAGGGGGCGGACGGUCACUCCUUCGUGGUCCUGAACGAGCAGAAGCGGGCGGCGCCGUGCUACGGUGGCCCAGAAGUGACAUUUGUGGAGCACUACAGUCGGGCCUCAGACCCCCGACCCCCCCGACCCCCCCCCUCCCCACUGCUCCACCACCAGCGCCACCCAGAGCUGCUGCGCCCGUACCACCCCCACAUCAACAGCCUGGACCUGAGCAGCAGCCGCGGCCCCCACCCGCCCCCCCCCUCCCCGGCGUCGCCCUCGGCAACCGCCUCCUCCUCCCCGCUCUACUCGCUGGUGGUGCACAAGGCGCGCGUCCCCCUGCCGCUCAGGGACCGGCCGCAGGUCGAAGGUCAUCCGCCGCCCCCUCAGCGGGGAGCCCUCACCAAGCCCCCCCCCACCAAGCCCCCCCGCGGAGCCUCAGAGCCGGCCAGAGAGAGGGGCGGGGCUAGCGAGAGGGAGGCGGGGCCUCGGAGCUGGACGGGCGGAGAGGAAAAGAGGCGUUCCCGUAGUGCAGACAGCCCCGCCUCCUCUGACCCUGUCGCCACGGCGACCAGGGGGGUCAAAGGUGAGGUUGGGGGAGGGGCCAGUGCCCCUGCAUCACCCAGACCUCCGGUCACAAGCCCAGAUGCCCCGGGGCAGAAGAACCCCACAACUGCCCCCAGAACUGCCCCCGUCCUGCUGAAGGUGGUGAGAACAGAGUCCAGCAGCGUCCAGCAGACCAGCUGUGAGAGAGACAACCAGGUUACUCCUGAUCUGUUGGAGGGCCAACGUCAGCUUUCCCCCAAAACAGACAGCGUCACAGAGGACAGCGCCAAACAGGCUCUUUUCACCUACCUGAAACAUGGGAGCACCGACUCUGAUGAUGUCAUACAGCGGAAGGUCAAGCUGAUGUUCCAGAAAAUUCGCCUACUGAGGACCUGGGGCUCCGACAAGCUGGAGGAGAUGUGUGUGUUGGAGCUGCAGGCGUCCCAACUGAAGAAACAGCUGGAGGAGGAGAUGAAGAAGGGCCGCAGCAGUGCUGAGAUCUGGGUGCAGACGGAGCAGGAGAGGAGGAGUCUGCAGGAGCAGCUGAGGAGGCGACAGGAGGAGCAGCACACACUGCAGCUGCAGCUCACACACAAGGAGGAGGAGCUGAGCAAGGCCCUGAUGCAGCUGCAGCAGGUGCGGCGGGAGCGCGAGCGUCUGUGCUCUGAGGUCAGAGAUCUGCGGGAUCAGCUGUCCGACAUGCACGACGAGCUGGACAGGGUCAAGCAGCUGGAGGCUACUGAGAGACAGAACAUCCUGGAGGACCUGGUGCAGCUGAAGGAGGAGUUCCAGGAGGUGCUGGGCUCGCAGGAGGCGCAGGAGGAGGUGCUGCGGAGGAAGGAGCGCGAGCUGACGGCGCUGAGAGGAGCGCUGGAGGAGGAGGUGAGCGCGCACGCAGAGGAGGUGACCAGCCUGAGGGAGGCGCAGGAGCAGGAGGUGCUGCGGAUACAGCAGGAGGCCCGACGGGCUCAGGGGGAGGAGGUGCUCUCCAGGCAGGUGCAGGAGCUGGAGAACCGUGUAGCCCAACUCACACACACCCUCACACAGGCGGAGCAGCACGAGCAGCAACUCAGGGAGCAAGCACACACACUCCUGGAGGAGAAGAGCCGUAUGGAGGAGUCUCUGAGGAGUGAAGCAGCAGGAGGAGGAGCUAUGUGGAGCCAACCAAGCGCUCACAACGCCCACCUGGAGGACACACAGAUGGAGCUGAGGCUCAUGACCCAGGAGCACAAGGAGCUCCAGCAGAAGCUGCUCCAGCAGGGAGGCACCAUGGAGGAGCUGAAGGAGAAGAGGAGUCAGCUGGAGGAGGAGCAACCAGCACAACCAGAGACUCCGCAAGGAGAUCACAGAGCUGGAGGCAGAGCUGCAGCAGUGUGAGAAGGAGCUGGAGGAGGCGGAGCUUAAAAGCAGGAAGUUGGAGCAGAAGGUGGAGGAGCUGGAGGUGCAGAACAGAGCAGGACACGAGGAGAGGAGCAGGCUCAGCAAACUACUGGAGGCGAGGGUGGCCCAGCUGGAGGAGAACCUGCGGGAGGAGCGGACCAAUGAGGAGCAGCUGAUGCAGCGGCUGGAGCGCGGCCGCGAGCAGAUGGAGCAGGCGAGAGCUGAGCUCCUGCAGGAGAAGGCAGCAAGACAGGACCUGGAGUGUGACAAGAUCUCACUGGAGAGACAGAGCCGGGACCUGAAGAGCCGUGUGAGCCACCUGGAGGCGUCCCAGCGGUCGGGGCAGGACGGGCUGGUGGCACGACUAGAGGAACGCAUCCAGGAACUAGAGACACGCCUGGAGGGAGAGGAGAGGGAGAGUGGUGUGUUGCAGCAGGCCAAUCGUAAGCUGGAGAGGAAGCUGAAGGAGAUCAUGAUGCAGGUGGGGGAGGAGCAGCUCUCCCUCAAGGACCAGCGAGACCAGCUGACCCUACGUCUGAAGACUCUAAAGAGGCAGCUGGACGAGGCCGAGGAGGAGAUCGAGCGGCUGGAGGCGUCCAAGAGGAAGAUCCAGAGAGAGCUGGACGAGCAGAUGGAGGCCAACCAGCAGAUACACACACACCUGACCGAGCUCAGGGCCGACAUCAGGAGGACACGCAGGCCCAUCAUGAGGACUUUGGAUGAUGAAGAGGAGGAAGAGGAGGAGGAGGAGGAUGGAGCUUCUGACUGAGAGCAGGAAGUCCACACACACACACACACACACACACACACACACACACACACACACACACACUGCUCCCACUAAUCACAUCAGUGCUGCACCCUGCGCUCCACCAGCUCAGCUUGUCCUCUGCACUUGAGUGCCCCCUGCUGGCCAGACGGUGGAAGUGCCUCAUCAGACGGGGAGACUCCAGCAGCUUGAGUGGCACAGCUGCACUGGGGACCUCAGCAUCGCCUGCUAUCUCCACUCAGUCCUCACAUGACCUGUCACAUGACCUGUCACAUGACCCGUCACAUGACCCAUCACAUGACCUGUGCUGUGUGCCUUUACUGUGCUAAAUUAACCAACAUGUCUUACUCCAAAAGCCACAUCAAUAAACAAGAUACAGUGUGAUUUAAGUGUGUGUGUUU